GCCUCCCUCCCCGGCCUCCACACUCCUCCCACCCCAGACCAGCAGCAUCUCAGACAUCCCGGCAGCUGCAGCCAGGGCCCGCAGGCAGGUGGCUCCGCAGGACCCUGAGCGCCACGUCCACCUCAGCAGCUGCCCCAACCCCAGCCCCCACCAUGUCGGACUAUGAGAAUGAGGACGAGUGCUGGAGCACGCUGGAGGGCUUCCGCGUGAAGCUCAUCUCCGUCAUCGACCCCUCGCGCAUCACGCCCUACCUGAGGCAGUGCAAGGUCCUGAACCCCGACGAUGAGGAGCAGGUGCUCAGCGACCCCAACUUGGUCAUCCGCAAGCGCAAAGUGGGUUUGCUCCUGGACAUACUGCAGCGGACGGGCCACAAGGGCUACGUGGCCUUCCUGGAGAGCCUGGAGCUCUACUACCCACAGCUGUACAAGAAGGUCACGGGCAAGGAACCAGCACGCGUCUUCUCCACGAUCAUCGACGCGUCGGGGGAGUCGGGCCUGACGCAGCUGCUGAUGACCGAGGUCAUGAAGCUACAGAAGAAGGUGCAGGACCUGACAGCGCUGCUGAGCUCCAAGGAUGAUUUCAUCAAGGAGCUGCGCGUGAAGGACAGCCUGCUGCGCAAGCACCAGGAGCGCGUGCGGCGGCUCAAAGAGGAGUGCGAGGCCGGCGUGCUCGACCUCAAGCGCUGCAAGGAGGAGAACUACGACCUGGCCAUGAGGCUGGCCCGCGUGAGUGAGGAGAAGGGCGCCGCGCUCAUGCGCAACCGCGACCUGCAGCUGGAGGUGGACCGGCUGCGGCACAGCCUCAUGAAGGCGGAGGACGACUGCAAGGUGGAGCGCAAGCACACGCUGAAGCUGCGGCACGCCAUGGAGCAGCGGCCCAGCCAGGAGCGACUGUGGGAGCUGCAGCAGGAGAAGGCCCUGCUGCAGGCGCGGGUGCAGGAGCUCGAGGCUGCUGCACAGGAGGGGAAGCUGGAGCGGAGCAGCCCCUACGUCCAAGUGCUGGAGGAGGACUGGCGCCAGGCGCUGCUCGACCACCAGGAGCAAGCCGCCACCAUCUUCACCCUGCGCAAGGACCUCCGCCAGGCCGAGGCCCUCCGAGCCCGGUGCUCGGAGGAGAGGGAGAUGGUCGAGCUGCAGUGCCUGGCCCUGCGCAAGGACUCCAAGAUGUACAAGGAGCGCAUCGAGGCCAUCCUGCAACAGAUGGAGGAGGUCGCCUUUGAGCGGGACCAGGCCAUGGCCUCGCGGGAGGAGCUGCAUGCGCAGUGUGCCCGGGGCCUGCAGGAAAAGGACGAGCUACGCAAGCAGGUCCGAGAGCUGGGCGAGAAGGCCGACGAGCUGCAGCUGCAACUGUUCCAGUGCGAGGGCCGGCUGCUGGCUGCCGAGGCCCGGCUCAAGCAGCAGCAGCUGGACACACUGGUCCUGAGCUCGGACCUGGAGGAAAGCUCACCCAGGAACUCCCAGGAGGUCUUGCUGCCCCAGGACCUGGAGGACAACAGACAGCUCUCAGACAAAGGCGGCGUGGCCGAGCAGGACAACGCGGAGCAGCCCUUUGUGUCUCUGCAGAAGGAGCCGCUCUCGCUGAGCACCCAGGACGCGGGCCCGAGCGUGGGCGGGGAGCCCCCAGAGAAGGAGCGGCGGCGCCUCAAGGAGAGCUUCGAGAACUACCGCAGGAAGCGAGCGCUCAGGAAGGUGCAGAGCGGCUGGCAGCAGGCCGAGGGCGACCGCGGGAACACCACCGGCAGCGACAACACGGACACGGAGGGCUCCUAGCGCGCCAGGAACGCCUGGGCUCCACCCAGCCGCGGCGCGCGCCCCUGGCCAUGGCCAUGGCGUCCUAUCUGCAUCUGCUACACGUGCUUUGUAGGGGUCUGGAGCAUGGGACCGAGUAAAUAAAAACAACCUGCGGGGGAA